AUGGACAAUGAUUCUGUUCUUCUCUUCAUGGAACUUGUCUUCCGGUCAGAUUGUAUACUCCGUAGCAGAGGAGAUGGAGGAAAGCCUCCUAAAUUUGGGAGAUUAGAUAUACAAAUUGAUGUUUUGGAUAUCAAUGAUAACUAUCCUGUUUUCAGUAAACCACUUUACAAAGUGCAAAUACCUGAAAAUGUUUCUUUUGGAACAAAAAUACUUUCCGUUACCGCAACAGAUGCAGAUACAGGUGUAAACAGCGAUAUUACAUUUUCAUUUGCUGGACAUGGAAAUUCGCAGAUUUAUGAUUUAUUUUCUAUAAAUCCUGAUACAGGCGAAAUUCAGAUAAAUGGUCAGCUUGAUUUCGAGGAAAACCCUGCAAUAGAAUUGCGUGUGGCGGCAAAAGAUAAAGGUUCCUCACCUAGGACUACGCAAUGUAAAGUUUUAGUGGAAGUUAUAGAUGUGAAUGAUAAUGUGCCUGAAAUAACAGUGACGCCUCUAUUGCAAAUGGUGAAAGAAGAUACAAAGGCUGGGACAGCUGUCGCUUUAGUUGCAGUGUCGGAUAAAGAUGGAGGUAAAAACGGAGAGAUGAAGUGCAUACUUAAAGGCGACGUUCCAUUCAAACUUGAAACUAAUUACGAGAAUUAUUAUUCGUUAGUUGUAGAUGGACCUUUAGACAGAGAGAAAUAUUCCAGCUACGAUCUCUCUAUUGUAACCACAGAUGGCGGCAGCCCGCCUCUCUCCAGCUCUAGUGAUUACACUAUGUAUGUUUCUGAUGUUAAUGACAAUGCACCUCGAUUCCCACAACCUCUGAUAACUGUUUAUAUAAAGGAAAACAGGCCAGUGGGGAGUGUUAUCACAGCAGUAACAGCUUCUGAUCCAGAUCUCGAUGAAAAUGCAAAGGUGUCUUACUCUUUGGUUGACAGUAAAAACACUGAUACAUCUGUAACCUCAUUUAUUAGCCUUAAUUCUCUCAGUGGUGAAAUAUUCAGUUUACAGUCGUUUAACUACGAGGAAAUGAAAAAGUUCACGUUCCAAGUGCAGGCAACAGACUCUGGUGUCCCUUCAUUAAGUGGUACUGUCACUGUGCACGUUCUCAUCCUGGAUGAAAAUGACAACAGCCCCGUUAUUCUCCCGCCGUAUUCUGACCAAGGCUCCGUGAACUCUGAGAACAUCCCCUACUCUGCGGAAGCGGGCUACUUUGUGGCCAAGAUCAGAGCUGUGGACGCUGACUCUGGCUACAAUGCGCUUCUCUCUUAUCAAAUCUCUGAACCUAAAGGCACGAACCUCUUCAGAAUCGGAACCAGUUCUGGAGAAAUACGAACUAAGAGAAGAAUGAGUGACAGUGACUUCAAGACACACCCCUUAGUGAUAAAGCAGCUGCAGCGCCCCCAUGAUCACCACUCACCCAGACGGGAGCUGGUCUUACUCUAAAACUACCCAGCAGUAUGACGUGUGUUUUAGCUCAGACACACUGAAGAGUGACGUGGUGGUGUUCCCAUCACCAUUUCCGCCUGC